AAGCAUUAUUGGCGUUAAUGAACUUGCUCCAGCAAACAACCCAACCUGAAGUCUCUGAAGAACGUCCAGUGUAUCUAGGAUUUACUGAUGAAGAUACUUUUAUUUUUGCCCCAGCAGAAGGUUACCGAUGGCAAAUGAACUUUAAUAAGGAAGACCACCUUGAUGAUUUUCUAAAGUCAAUCUCAGAAGUCUUGCUAGUAGGUACUUAUGAUGAAAUCAUUGACCUCUUUGAUUUCUACUUUGAUGAAGAAGCCAAUCCUGUGGUGACAUAUAAUGUAGAUGGUCUUUAA